AUCAUCUGUUCUCUUUUCUCCUACCACAGAGGCUGGAAGAAGAGGGACUCACAGUCUACUGUCUCUUAUCUGGUCAUUCACCUAGCUUCUUAUUUUAUCUCCUUUUUUUCUAUUUUCCCAUUCCCUUCUGCCAGGACCUGCCAAAGGAUAUGGACGUGGAACUUGCAUGGACACUUAAGCAACCCAGGCUCUGCAGAGCCAAGCUUUUACUGAGCUGAUCACUGUGUCCUCAGUGAAACCUCUGCCAUGAUGCCCAGGCUCUUCCCUGACCUGGUGUAGCCAAAGGAAGCCAAAGCCAAGCUGGUAGCUGCGUUAGAUCACUUACAGCAGGUGACAAGCACAAGGAGACAGAAACACAGACGGAGGAAAAGAGGUUAGCAUCCCUUGGUACCAACAGCAUUGCCAGCCCUUCAGUUUGCAGCAGGGAAGAGCAUUCCCAUGGAGAUGGAGAGGUGUGGAGCAGCGGUGAGCAGUCUGCUUGCCAUCGUCUUGGUUCUGCAGCUCGGUCUGAUCCCCAUUAUGGCUCAGCAAGAAGAACAACAGACUGGGGUUGCAGGAAAGGAGGUGAUCCUGAGCUGUAAAGGCAUAAAUCAUCACAAAGAUGCGUUCUGUACUUGGAAGUACAAGUAUAAAGAAGAUUCUUAUAUUAUUAUGAGGUUUUCUAGAACACAGAUUCUUAAAGGCAAAGCUCCAAUGACUCAUCGAUCUGAAUUGAACUUGAGCAGCAAACAGCUGAAGGUGUCAGACUUGAGCCUGGACGACGCUGGCAUCUACAUCUGUGAAUGUUACUCUCAGCAAGUCAGUAUCGCACUGCAUGUCUUUAAAUUGACAAUCUCUUCAAAUGGGCACUUCCUCACAAGUGAAGACCUCAAGCUUACUUUAAUGCAAAAUUCAUCCCAUUCACAACCCCAUCUCAGCAUCAGCUUGUUUAACAAUAGCAAUAACAUUGUGAAACCAGAAAUUCUGCAAAAGGAGGCCCCCCAAAAGUACAUACUGAGGCUAAAGCAACUGGAGGCUACAGACAGUGGAACCUGGAUGUGUCACAUUCAUUCAGACUCUCCAUCGAUUAAUCAGAACAUCUCCUUUGAUGUGAAGGUAUUAGGUUUUGGGGAGGAACACUUGGGAAUAAUGUACACUACUGUUGGCAACACUGUGAUCUUGUCAUGGCAUCUGAACUUCAGGAAGAUAGAGUGGAAAGAAGGUUUCACAGGAAAACUGGAUUGGUUACCACAGGGAGAUAAAACCAUUCAUGAGCUGCUUGAUUUCAGUGUCACAACACGGCGAGAGCUGCAUGAAACUAAAACAAGCAACCACAGUUGGUUCGAGAUACCUGAAAGGAAAACUGGCAGCACCAUACAAGUGAAAGUCCCCAAAGUCCAGUUAAAUCACUCUGGGAAGUUCCAAUGUCAGCUGGAGAUCAACGGUAGAAGAAUACAAAGCAUGAGAGCGCUAGUGGUGAUGCAAGUCUCUGCUAACCCUGCUGGGCCACUCUCCAGAGGGGGCAAGAUGACCCUGCUCUGCCAGGCGUCCGGUCCCCUGCCAUCCAAUGCCCAUUUGCUCUGGGAACGUGUGAAUGGGACUCAGAAGGAAAUGAAGAAGUCAAAACAGCAUGAAGCAAAAGUGGAGGUGAGCGUCAGUACUCCAGGACUGUGGAACUGUCACCUCAUGGAAGACAGUAACAGAAUGAUCAGCCUUAAUUAUACCGUAGAGGAAGCUCGUGUUUGGAGUAGCUACACAGUAAUUGGAGCAAUUAUUGGAGCCAGUGUGUUGGUGAUUGGCCUUGCAUGCCUGAGCAUAAUCGUUGGUAUGAGGUGGCAGCGGAGAAGGAAACGGGCAAGAAGGAUGGCACAAGCAAAACAAUACUUGCUGGAAAAGAAGACAUGUCAGUGUCAACACCGGAUGUAUAAGUAGCUUUGCAGACUGAGGAAGUCUCUGCCUCUACCUAAACACCUGCCAGCCCAUAGUGCUCUGUGAAUCCACCUCCCUUUCUCCUGUUUGAAUUCUUUAUGCCUUCAUCAUUCUCUCAGUAUAAUGCCAUGGAGGGAUGUUAUCUGGAGAGGAGCCAAUGGACAAGACAAGAAACCCUCACAGAUUAUUAUUGAGCCUCAGUUCUAUAAUGGGAGACACUGAAUAGAAGAGUAGAUACAUAUAUAAUGCUUGUAUUUUGCUCAUGCACUUAAUUUGACCUUCUUGUGGAACUGAUUUUAUAUGCUUCUUUUAUCCACCUGAGCUAUAAUAAAUUUCUUCAGGAUUUUUUUUGCAA